AUGACCUCGCAAGCCCUCGCGUCGUCCUCCUCGCCCCUCCAUCAACCAACCGAAUCCGACGACCCUCCCGUCCUCAAAGAUCCUACUCGUCCCCUUGCGCCGACAGGCAGAAAUCCCAACAUCAGCAUUCCCCACCUCAGCCCGGCAUCGCUCGCGCUGCUCAAGCACCUCGCGCAGACGACGGAGCGCUCGCCCAGCCUCGCCGACCGCGAGUUCUACGAGGCAUGUUGGGGCAAGCCGAAUGGGUUCGUCGUUGAUGGAAUAGGGUACAUUCGCUCGAAUUUCGACUUGCCGCGCACGCGGCCGAUCAUGGUGAGGGAGGACUAUGUCACCCUGUACGCACACCUCGAAUCGCUGCCCAACAAGCAGAACACCGACGCCAUAGUCGGAUACGGGUCUCCCGGUAUCGGAAAGAGCUGUUUCCUGCGGUACGCCGCCAAUCGACGAGCGGAAGAAUGCCGGCCUAUCUGCUGGCUGCGAACGCCGACAUCAAACCUCGUCAUGAUGACCAACGAAGGUCUGUUCGCCGUCGGCCCAAAAGUCCUCCCGACGCUCGAAUUCCUCGUUCCUCCCUUCGUCCUUCUGGACGCGUGUGACCCGAGCGACGUCCUGCCCGCCGAAGUCUACCUCGGCCUGUCCUACCCGUCCGUCUUCAUGUGCUCGCUGAACGACUCAGGGUAUUCGGGUUACUUGAAGGAACGGCUCGCCCGUGUCUUCGCGUUCGACCCGAUCCACCGCCACGAGGCUCACCAAUACAUCACGCUCCUGGCGGAGCUCGCGUCGCAGGAGAAAGAAGCCCUGAAUGUCCCACUCUCCUCCAUCCGCCCUAUCGCCACGCUGCAACGGCAUACGACCCCCGACCCCCGCGUCCCAGACUACAUCCGCAAGCUCAUUGCCAAGUCAUCGUCGCCCAGCACGACAGUCGAUAUUGACCCUCCGCGAACUGCCGACUCGCCGACUAAUACAGCCGCAUCGUCCGCACAUCCGCGUUCCGCCUCGACAACGUUCAGCGCGACAACUCCUGCCGCCCCUCCGCGAGCCAUGCCGAACGACACGACGCCUUCUGCCGGGCUUCCGCGACUCGCUUCCUCGCCUCAUGCCGUCGCCGCUUCUGUCGCCGCUUCAGUCUCGUCGCCGCCUACCGCUAUUAUGCUUGCCACGGCGCACGACCUCCCUGGUACACUGGCCUCUCAGGCGGACUGGGAGUCGAGGAACAUCUGCUCAACCCGUCUCGAGCAACUCCCGACCCAUCUCCCGCUCUUACCGCACGUUCAAGCGUUCUGGGUCGAGCAGUCCCGGUUGAAGGACGUGUAUACCCCUUUGGAGGUCUUCGGGAGCGUCGGUCCAACCUUCCGCGACAUUUUCGAGGUCCCGAAGACGACUGGGAACCUGGAGGACGACUUCUUCGGCAGUCCAGUUCCUGCAGGACCGAUCCACGAACUUGCGCCCGUGCUUGGCGCAAACUCGACGCCUUCGCCGCACACGACGCCGUCGGCUCAGCAGCUGACUGCAUACCACCAGCAUCUGUUCGAGGUUCCGAUCACAAAGAAGCUCACCAGAACGCCGAUGAUGAGCUCUUUGUUGGCUCCCCUUGACACCUCCCCCUCCGCAUCCUCCUUGGGAUAG